AUGUUGGUCAUCCCAACAAUACUCUCCUGCCUCUCCUUGGCCCAGGCGGCCAACAUCUUCGUUUCCCCCAAGGGCGUAGCGACCCCAGAUGGCUCCCAAGCCAAGCCCUUCUCCGACAUCCAAGCCGCCGUCAACAUCUCCCAGCCGGGCGACGUCAUCAUCCUCCGCGGCGGCACCUAUGACCUCCUGAAGAACAUCAACAUCACCGUCAACGGCACCGCCGCCGCUCCCAUUACCCUGCACGCCGCCAAGGACGAGGAGGUCAUCAUCGACGGCGAGGGUCUGCCGGAUACCCCCGCGCCCGUCGGCGCUUCCGUGCCGGGCCGGAACCGUGGUGUGCUCCACGUUGAGCGCGUUCAGUACUGGAACUUUGCGCGACUUACCUUUACGCACGGCGCGUACGGUGUGUACGUGAAGGAUUCGAGCAACUUGCGUUUUAACCAGAUCGUUACUCGCGAGAACUACGAAAGCGGUUUCCACAUGCAGGGUGCCCUGUCUAACAACGUAAUCUCGUACCUGGAUUCGUAUGGUAACCGUGACCCGAGAAACAACGGCGAGAACGCCGAUGGUCUUGCUAUCAAGGAGGGCAAGGGCGAGGGCAACAUUGUCGUUGGCAGCAGAUUCUGGGACAACUCUGACGAUGGUGUCGACUUCUGGGAGUUCCACUCCAAGUUGACCAUCAAGGACAGCAUCGCGUGGGGCAACGGCUUCAACCGCUGGGACAUCCCCGACUUCACCGGCAACGGCAACGGCUUCAAGCUAGGCGGCGGCAGCGCAGGCGACAUCCUCCCCGCGGCCCGCGACGUCAUCAACUGCAUCGCCUUCGGCAACAAGGCCAACGGCUUCACCGACAACUCCCAGACGGGCGCCUUCGCCAUCGAGGACAACACCUCGUGGAUGAACGGCAAGACGGGCUUCCGCAGCGUCAACGCCACGGGCGUCCUCAAGCGCAACGUCGCCGCCCUCAACAACCCCGAGGCCCUCGCCAACGCCACCUGCUUUGGCCAGGCGACGCUGCGGGAGCGCCAGACGUCCAUCGGCAACUCGUGGGAUGUUUUGGGCGCGGCUGCGCUGACGAACGCGAGCUUCAAGAGCGUCGAUAUCAGCCUCGUUUCUGGCGCGCGCGGCAAGAACGGAAAGAUUGUGCCGAGCGACUUUUUGGUGCUUGCUGAUGGAAUGGAGGUCGUCUUCGUGCUAAUCAGUCUACCUUAUAGAUCGACCGGGUUAAACUCUGCCGUCCUCUCACCAUCCCGCCUUAACACUUACUCGCUAAUACGCCUUCGAUUCUAUCCAAGGCUCAUUCUGUCUCGAAAUUUUCGAUCAUGGUGCAUCGUGAGGAAAUCGGACGAUGAUAGUGUGGUCGAUGAGGAUCAAUACGCCAAUGUGUGCAUACCAGUCAGCCCUGAACUUUGUUGCACCCUUCAUCUUGCGCCAGACUCACGACCCAUCCGCGAGGUGUGGCACACAUCUCCGCUACCAUCCCCACAGCAAGCGCUGUUGAGCCGACACGUCGGCCGUGUAGCGGGGACCGGGACACGGGGCGGACCACGGGCGACAAAUAAGAAAGAACGUUGCUCUCCGCUCCGGAAUCGGAAGUCGAAUGGAAAAAAACAGGGUAAUGACGGAAAGAAAGUGGGAUGCGAGCCUGAUUUUGAGCGUGGGAUGUCACCCAGGCGCCACAGAAAUAGAGGCGAAGGGAAGAUGCUUGAUACGACUGUUGAAAAUAGGGGUGUGCGUGACGUAAUGAGCAUGUCAAGCUCGGCACUCCCCUGUCAAGCAAAGUCUCCGGGCGUCGUGAUCAAUGUGCGAGCAGAUUACCGACAGAUUGGAUUGAAGAGAUCAAUACCUAGAUUCAACUCCAUCGUAAAGCUCCCUUUCGUCCAAUACAGCGUCUCACUUAUUAUCGAAGAGCCUCACAUAAUGAAGUGCAUCGGCAUCUUCCCCGGCUCAGGAGGCCUAGGCGGCAGCACCUACGAUUACCUCUUGAAACUUCUUCCCAGCGACCACAUCAUCCUCAUCAACCGUCACCCGGAACGAGUACCUCAAGAACACAUCAAGAACGGCCUCCGCGCACGCAAGGCGUCAUACGAGUCGAGCCCCUCUGAUCUCGAGGCUGCGUUUGCCGGUAUCGAGGUGCUCUUCCUCAUUUCCUAUCCAAGUCAUGUGCACGAGUACCGCAAAAAGGUGCAACUACCAGUCGUCAACGCAGCUCGUCGCGCAGGCGUGAAACACCUCUUUUACAGUUCCCUAGCCUUCGGCGGCGACUUGCAAGAUGAAUCUGUAGCGGAGGUAAUGCAGGCCCACCUCUCGACGGAACGCCACCUAGCCUCCGUCGCGGCCUCGGACCCUAGCUUCACCUACACAUCCAUCCGCGAGGGUCUCUACUCGGAGUCGUACCCAAUCUACACCUCUUUCUUCGACAUCAACUCUCCCUCCUCCUCGAACGAGAUCCUCAUUCCGCAUGACGGCGCCGGCCCGGGCGUGGCGUGGGCGAAGCGCAGCGAGUUAGGGGAGGCGACGGCGAAACUUAUCGCGCAGUAUUCCUGGGACCCGGAGCAAUUCCCUCACGUCAAUAAAAAAGUCCUGCUUACCGGUUCGCGGGUCUGGUCUCUUGAGGAGACGGUGAGGGUGCUCAGGCGGGCUGUCGGGAGGGACGUGAGGAUCCGCGAGGUGAGCGUGGAUGAGUACGUGAAGUUGCCGCAGGUUUUGGCGAAGUUCGGGUCGGUGGAGAAGGCGAGGACGUGGGCGACGGCGUGGGAGGCGAUUCGGGCGGGGGAGACUUCUGUUGUGUCGGAGACGUUGAGGGAAAUUAUCGGGCGGGACCCGGAGGAGUUUGAUGUCACGAUACAGAGGUUGAAGCAAGCAUGA